CACUUCUUAAAAUUGGUGUCAUCUGUAUCAUAAAUGAAUUUGUAGACUUUCCAUUUUGUUAGUUCUGGGAUGGGCGAACUUGGAAGCUCUGAGAUGCAGGAGCGUGGAUGGCUCGACUGGCAAUUGCGACGGGCAAGGCCGUUCCUUCCUCAGCCAUGAAGCGAAACCGUCUGCCCCUGCUUACUCCAUUGCCUUCUUCACACCUGGGCAGUCUGCGUUGUCAUGCCGGUCCCGCAACCUUGAUAAUCUCGAGACGGCCCGCUCCUCAACACGAUGCUCUUGCUCCCCUGGCGCGCUUUCCAGUCCAGCACCACGGUUGAGCGUUGCCACCAUGAGUUGGGAAUAUGCUCAGCCAUAUCCCCAGAGCGAGCCGAGCCAAACCCAGCCGGUCUGCCGCCAUGACUUUUUCGAGACCCAUGGCUCGGCGAGCUUCGCAUCUCAGCUGCCCUCACAUCAGCGCCCGCUAACACCGCAGUCGUUCCACAGCCACGUUGAGUAUGCCAGCUACCCCCUCAGGGGCCCCUUCGACCGGAAUGGCCAGUCACCAUUGUCGACCACAAUACCUCUUCUUGAUCCAGAUCACACACGUGUGCCUUCAUCUUAUCCUCCUUUGCCGGAUCACGGGGUUUCUUCACAACCAGAUAACUUGCUCCCUGUGACCAUGCUGGCUCAGCGUUUCUCCCAUCAGGCACAUGCGCCAAACUUCGACCCAAGAGUCAUCUCAACCCAUGGAUGGAUUCGUGGUAGCAAUGAGAGUGGCCACCACGGCGCAGCGCCAGAAUAUCUGAGUAAUCAGCAUCAAAACCCGCGGCAGCGAUGGAUACGCGAUGUGAAUCGCCCUCCCUCUGUACCAUUGCGACAACAAGUCACGACAGCCUCCAAACACGUUGGGUCGUCGUCCCUAAUCUCUACGCAGUCACAGAUGCCUUCAGCCCUGUCAUCGACGAGCAGGGGCUGCACCCAACAUCAUGGCGGCACGAACGAGUCCACGCAACAAAAUCACCAAUCUGACAUAGCUGCCACAAGCGCUGCGGCUGACGUUGGUUCUUACACAAGGUUCCUGAAUGCUACAAUCCCUCCAAGGAGCCUACCAUUCGGUACAACAAAAAAGGCAAGUGUUCUUGAGACUGGCACGCUCGCAGUUGCACUUGAAGUUACGAAGCAGACACAGGGAACCAAGUCAUCGGCUCGUGCGAAGCCAGCAAAACAAACGAUGGCCGCGAAAGCGGCAAGUAGUAAAGAACAGGCUUCUGCAGCCAACACAACAAAUCAUCAGUAUUCCAUUGCACACGAGAAAGUGAACGGAAGUAGGGCAUCAGUCAUGGUCCUGGUCGAUGAAAUCCCGGGAAGUCCUGCAAAGGUAAAGGCUGUCGCAGAAAACAAGCGAAAGAGGCCGUCAACAGCGCAAAAUCCCUCUCGAGCGCCGCCCGCAAAGAAAACCAAAGCGAAGCCUCAGAAGCAGUCUCGAGAGAACGUUUCGGUCGGCACCCAGCCAUUGUCGGGAAUAGUGAUGUCUCUGAGAAGCCAGAACCCAUCCGAAGGAACCCGGCCUUCUCCUUCUGGUCUUGUUCCUGUGAGCUCAACUGCAAAGGGACACGAGGUCGACAAUGCGACGAUAACAGGAUCCACGGCGAAAGCUGCGUUAACGACAUCUCCUAUUGAGCCACAUGAAGCCGUCAAAGCCCGACCGUCUCGAAGACGUCAGCCUACUGCAAAGAAGGCUCUGGAAGCAAGUGCAAAUAGUGACCUUGCUGUUGAAAUACCCAAGGAUAAGCCAAAGCAGGCCAGGGCACGAAAAUCGCGCCCGCCCAGAGCCACAGCACAGCAACCUGCCCCGGAAAGGCUGCAGGCACUCAAUAUAACGAGUACUAUUUCUCAUGAUCAUGCUGCUCAAGCGCGGGAGAGCAACCUGGCGGAUACAGCCAAUUCUCAAGCAGUCGGGGCAAGGUUGCCAACAAUUACAGCCCAGUCGAGUCAGACGGCAGAUGCACCACGAUCGACGACGCCCGAAUUACUGAGCCUUAUGUCUGAUAUGGAAACACUGGUGAAUGAGGAUCCGUUUGAGGAACCAUCUUUUCUUGGUGCAUUGAUGAGUCUGCAACAAGUCCAAAGCAUUUUGCUGGAGAGGCUGCAGCCAGGUGAUGUGUCUCGGCUGACGAGCUCAGCUGGAUGCAAGUAUCUGCUUUCAUGCCGGCUUUAAUAUUUUCUCAUCUCGCACAAUCUGAGCAUCCCAGGUCCAAAACGAAAGGUGAUACCAUGGACGUGAUCUCCAGGAGGAGCUUCAACGACGGAAACGAUAUGAUGGGAUAUUCACAUGGUGGGGAUAUGCAUAUAACGAACUGGCCGAGUCCUGCCAUCACUGGCGUGUGACAGCACCCACUCAAUCGCUGACAAACUGAAAUUUAC